CCAUUUUCUUGUUUUUGUAGCUGUAAUUUUUUAUGAUAAUUCUACCGUUGUGAGAGAGGUACGUGUACCUGGAAGAAAUUGUAAGCUACCAUAUGGCCCGGGAUAUUGGUGCCUUUUAAGAUAUUUGAUGCAUGACUGCAAGAUGAUAUUUUGAUGUGUGGACAGUGGAGCGUUAGUGAUCAUUAGCAGUGAUAACAAGACCUCAUCAUCGUCAGUCACCUUCUUAACAACGAUCAUCCUCACAACUCCAUCCUCAUAUCAUCUUAUCAUCAUCCUUGCAGCUUCCAACCUUGAGCCACUAGAGAGCAAUAAGAUAUUGUAGAUGAGAUCCCGGAGAGAGAGCCAAAUAAAGUCACGUCUACUGAGCCUUGUUAGACAGGAAAACACUUUGUGACAUUUGGUUGCGAUAGAAGGUUUUUUUACCGUCAGGGUAAAUGAAGCCUGCAAUGGAGGAGGGUGAGGAACUCAGCAAAGCCAGCUCAGCAACCUCUUUAUUGGACAAGGACAAGCCAAAUAAAGUCAGCGGUAAAGGAUGGGGCAGAGUUGGGCAAUUUAUAAGUGGCAAGAACGACUUUCCCAAGAGUAUAGGGUUCAUCAUCGGCACAGAGUUCUGCGAGAGAUUCUCCUACUAUGGCAUGAAAGCCAUUUUGGUCUUGUACAUGACCAAUAUACUACUGCUAAGUGAUGACAGGGCCACGGCACUUUUCCACGCUUUUGCCAUGCUGUGUUAUUUCACUCCAAUCUUUGGUGCUAUGAUUGCUGAUGGAUAUCUCGGCAAAUACAGGACAAUCUUAUACAUCUCUGUGAUUUACAUGAUUGGAAAUGCAGUCAUGUGUUUAACUGCCCUACCACCGCAGACAACAGGUAGCCCAGAACUUGUUGGACCCCUUAUAGGCCUGCUACUCAUAGGGUUAGGCACAGGAGGAAUCAAGCCGUGUGUGGCGGCCUUCGGAGGGGAUCAAUUCAACGCUGAUCAGGAGGAGUACAUCCAGAAGUUCUUCUCCAUCUUCUACUUCUCAAUCAACGCUGGAAGUCUUAUAUCCACAUUUUUUACUCCCAUACUACGCCAUGAUGUCCAGUGCUUUGGCAAUGACUGCUACGCCUUGGCUUUUGGAGUGCCAGCCGCCCUCAUGUUUGUGGCUGUUCUUAUCUUCUUUCUCGGACGUUACUACUACAAAGUCUACCCACCGACUGGGAAUGUCGUAUGGGAAGUCGUCAAAGCAACAUUUUAUGCAAUCAAGACAAGAAUCAAGAAUCGAGGAAGUGAAGUCAAGAAAGAUCACUGGCUGGAUUGGGCCGAUGAUAAGUAUGAUGCCAAGCUGAUCACAGACAUCAAAGAUCUCUACCACGUCUUGAAGAUUUUCUUGCCUCUGCCGGUAUUCUGGGCACUCUUUGACCAGCAGGGAUCACGCUGGACCCUCCAGGCGGAACAUAUGGAUGGCACACUGGGUUCAAUACGGAUUAAGCCAGAUCAGAUGCAAGCCUUUAAUCCGGUCAUGAUAAUCUUGUUCAUCCCACUGACGGAGACGGUCAUCUACCCGCUGAUUCGUAAGCUGAAGAUCCCGUUCCGCCCGCUGCAGCGUAUGGCGGUCGGUAUGAUAUUGGGCGGUGCGGCGUUCGUCCUCGCCGGAUUCAACCAAUUGAGAAUUGACGCCUCUGAAGUAGCACUCCCAGGAGAAUCAGAAGGGAUUCUGAGAAUCAUCAAUGCUGCACCGUGUGCCGUCAAUGUACAGAGUCUAUUCUACGAAGGAGGAAUUCCUUUUGGCAUGGGCACUACUCCUGUGACCUUCCCAGUCGGCGAGUACGUUAUGACCUUUGACGCCCCCUGCCCAGGGGUUGAGAAAGCGGAGCCAUUUACCGUGGUAGUACGCGGGGAGGAAGGCGGAGAGAUUGUUAUAUUCAGUCAAGGCGGCAAACUAAACGCACUUCAGGUGACGUCUCAUCUUGAAAAACCACGCAAAGGUCAAGCAUUAGUCAGCGUUGGUCUGUUCGUAGACCCAUCCAUCCUGCCAGAUAAUACCAGCAUUGUGUUCAAGAGUCCAACGUACCAGUAUGCCGUCAAUCCAGGGUUGUAUAACAUCAGUGACUAUCAACCAAUGGAACCAGAAAGGUACGACAUCUUCGUAGACGGUGAUGCAGACGACCCUAAUGCUAAGCCAUUGCAAAACAUUGACAUUCGCACUGGUGCUGUGUACAGAGUUAUACUUCAGCCCAUGAAUGAUAGCUCAGAUACGAUUUUUGUGAGCCUGAAACUGGACGUACAGCCCAACUCUGUAUCGAUGUUUCUACAGAUACCACAGUAUGUUGUAAUCACCCUGGGUGAAAUCUUCUUCUCCAUUACAGGUCUGGAAUUCUCCUACUCACAGGCACCAGCCAGCUUGAAGUCUUGCGUCCAGGCUGCAUGGCUACUAACUGUUGCCUUUGGGAAUCUUAUUGUCAUCCUGGUUGCUGAGAGCAAGUUUGUAGACAGCCAGGCGAUGGAGUUUUUCUUGUUUGCCGGUCUAAUGGGGGUGGUUGUUGUCAUCUUCGCCAUCAUGGCUUACUUCUAUGUCUACAUCACACCCUCGGCCCACCCUGAUGAAGAGCUGAACGACAUGACCGGCCUGGUAGAGACGGACAAAGGAAGCUACCAGAACGGAGACACGGAGCCAACAGAACCAGGAAACUAGACCAGUGAAUGUUAUUCCAGUGUUAUUAUUCAGAGGCGGUGUUGUGUUUGGUGAGAACCUCGUAGGUAGCACAUCGUCCCGUCAUCUUGCACAAAAAAAUGCUCUGUGUGAAAACGUUGUAUCUGGCAUGAAAAUGCUUCGUGCAGAAACGUUGAAUCUGGCAUGAAAAUGCACCUUGUCCCGUAAGUGCGAAAACAUCAUAUGUAUCAUAUGCUAUGUGCAGAAUGUUGGCAUCUCGCAAGAAAAUUCUCCGGCAUGAAAAUGCCUGUUCAUAAACGUAUCUUGCACAAAAGUGUUUUGUGCACAACAUUGUAUCUCGAACGAAUGUUUUUAAUGUGACAUCACACUUUGCUUAGCAAUUAAGAGUGAUGCUUAAGAUGAAUCUUAGCUCGUUUGUGGAAUCAAGCCCAGGGUAAAUUAACAUUGUUGUCGUCAUUGCUGUUACCAAUUUAAAUUAACAGAACUAACUGAUUUACAUUUGAGAACUAAUUUUUUUUUUAAAGGCAUUGGACAUAAUUGUCAAAUACAAGUAUUCUAACUAGGUGUAUCCCUGCAUAUGCACAAAUCUGUGAAACUUUUUGACUCAAUUGGUUAUUGCAGUUGCAAGAGAAUAAAAAACACCCUUGUUGCACAAA